UUCUUGUUUUGAUAAAUGUUAUGCCUUGUUCAUUCCGGUCAUUCUUCACUGAUCUGUGUGCCAUUCUUCUGUCUCAAAUACAGCUUUGUGUUACAAGUAAAUCAUGAUCUUGAACAAGAAGAAUCUCAAAGUUUACCUCACCAAUUGAGUUCUUCAAUUGGUAAUUCUCCAACGGGUAACUGGCAACAGUUUGGCAGCGCUGUAGAUCAUUCUCCCAUCCAGAGCCUCGGCAAUUCCAAUAGUUUUCGAUCUGUCAAUCCUGCACCUGGCAAUAAUUUAGCUGGUUUAGCGUCGAUUUUGUCUCCUCAAGCAUUGAACACUGUGAAGGUUGCACCGAUUGGUAAGUUUGAAGGAAGUGCUGGACAAGCAGAACAGCUAAUGACUAUUUGAAAUUCGAAGCACGGUGCUUCCAUCCC